AUGGAGUUUGAGACGGGGCCGCCUCAUCGGUGCGGAGUAAGCUUCUUGGGGAACGAAGAAGAGGGGAAGGAGACUGAAGUGCGGGGACAGGUCCUGCUCGAUAUGUUUUUGGGGAUUUGUUGGCUGCACGGGUUUCGCGCGAGUUGGAUUCUUGACUCGGUUACCGACAUUUACAACCAUGAGAAAAUGCGCUACACCAUGGGCGUUGAGAAAGGCAUGUCUUUUUAUGAGAACAAGGGUUUUCUCUUCAGCAUCGACACCAUCAAGCAAAGGUCCCGACCGGAACCGUGUCUUGGAUUCACAGACUUCGCCAGCGGCAGAAGCGGCGACAGCGGAGGACUCGAGGAUUUGUAUGUGUCUGGCAAGUGCCAAGUUCGCAGAGAUUUGCUGCAGUCUCCCGGAUUUGAGCCCUCCGUACUCUACCCCCUCCACGAGAAGGCCUUUUCAACGCUGCACCAGCUCGUCUUUGACUGCCGAGCUGCGGCGUGGCAGAACUGCAGCGACGGGGAAAGCAGCAGCGGCAGUCCUUUCCCCCUACUGGAGAAGCUGCCCGACGGCAGCUGCGCAUUUGAGAGACAUCCCUUGUGGCAACAACUGGCAGAAUUGAGCCCUGAGCACUGUGGCUUCGCCCAGCGCGUAGGGGCAUGCCAUGCGUACGUGCGCAAGCAUCUAGGAUGCACACACACCAAGAAGGACGGCUGUCCCUUCCUGCAGUUCCUCUACAAAGCUUUUAUCUACCCAGGAGGCGAUCCUACCCAAAAGAUACCGACAAUUGUCGCAGACAGGUGGGAUCUUAUUGGCAGGCGGGUUGCUACGCAACACGGCUUUCGGCCUAGGCGACUGCUUCUCGAUCUCCUUCAGAAGGAGCUCGCCGACUGCAGUUCAAGCGACAGUUCACUGCUGCAGGAAGUGAAGAGGGCAGGGUUAACCUGCGAGCAGCUGCACCAAGAUGGGGAGACGUUGCAGGAGCUACUGCAGCACUCCUUGAUGAUGCUAGACCUUUCAGGCCUUCCCCAGUUUUGGGUGUCUGCCCAGAGCGCAGCAGCAUCUCUAACCACAGAACCGUUGGCAGAAGCAGACCCUCCUGAGCAACCGUACUGCCCGGCUUCUUUUGCUUGGGAGUUCAUUACGCGGAUGCAAGGACAGCUGUUCAGACACCGGAAAUUCGUCUUGCCAUACAAAAAUAGCGCUCAUGACCUUUUAGGUGUGGCCGAACGAAAAGACCUUGACGGCAACUACCAUUCGACCCGCGAAGGGCCCCCUCCCGCCCCCCGCCUCCCACCCAUCAGGGGCCUGGGGCCCCCUGUUUGA